UAGACGUUCUCUAUGGUUAUAUUGACAAAGAUUGUGACGUUUGUAUUAUUUUCAGUUGUGUUGUGCCUUUGCUUGAUAUUUCUUUCGUAAUUCAAUAGACUUAAUUUAAAGUAAAGUACAAUGGAUUCGGCUUUACGGGAACAAGUUAUGAUAAACCAAUUCGUUCUGGCGGCAGGAUGUGCACGAGAACAAGCUAAACAACUAUUACAAGCUGCACACUGGCAAUUUGAGACGGCCCUGUCAAUAUUCUUCCAAGAAGUGGCACUACCAGCCGGCGCAAAUGGGAUUGCAGCACCACAUUAUCGUCAGCAACUAAUGACGCCGUGCAACACGCCGGCGACGCCGCCCAACUUCCCGGACGCGCUGGCGGCGUUCUCCCGGCUGUCGACGGGCAGCCCGGGCGCCGCCGCCGGGCCCGCGCCGCCGCCGCCCGUGUCGCCGCUCGCCACGCACCCGCCGCCCGCCCAGCACUACGCCGGCUCGCCCAGCGCGCAGGCCAGCUACCCGACGCAGUAUGCCGCCUGCAGUCAGUCCACUACGUUUUGCGGCCAACACAUGCCGAGAUAAAUGGAAAUGUUAGGAUAGGAGCAGCUAUAAUUUAUUUUUCUAAUGGUGCGAAUUGUGAGCUGUGGAAUUGUGGACGAAAAUUGUAUAUUUGUUUAAGGAAUCGCCUCCGCAGUAACGCUUGCUGCACGCGCGGAGGCGUCGUAGUCAAUCAUGUUAGAUAUUAUGUUAUCAUUAUCAUUUUAUGUACAGACAAUUCAGAGGACAUUAUUCACUCAUUGAAACAUAAAAUGCUACGUUUACGAACUUUAUAGUUAAGAUUAAUCAAGUUACAUGUGUAGUGUGUAUGUACAGUUUCAGUAAUAUUUCCGACGAAUAGGAGUAUAAUUAAUACUGAUACUUCAUCAAACUUUCUAUUCAAAUUUGUACCUACCUAUUUAGGUAUACUUACAUAAUAUAACGGUUUGUAAUCACUUGUUAUUAAUUAUUUUAUAAGUGUUAAUGAGCCAUGUUCUUCAAGGUAUUAUCAAAAAUCAUAAGAAGAUAUUAAUGUAAAUAGGUGUAGCGAAAUUUAGCAUAAAAGACAAUAGAGAGAAUAUAAAGUGAUUAUGUAUCGUGGUAAUAAAAUUAUUUUUUGAAGUUAUCUCUAACGACGAGCGUAUUUGAAAUUAGAAAUGGCAAAUCAACAUUGCAUGUUCUAGUGUUGUGCGCAAUACAGAGGACGCGGGCGUUUCAGUGUAUUGCUUGUAACACAAUUAUUAUAUUACGAUUAUUAUAGAUUAUUUGCCCUAGUUUGCGUUUAAUUAUUUCAGAUAUUGUUGGUAACAGAUAUUCGGAAAUGUUUGGUAGGUAAAUGUUAAUGUCUUGCUCUCUUUAUAUUUCAUGUAAGAGGGAGACAAAAUUGAUGUUUUCCAGCUUCCAUUCAUAAAGGUUUUAAUGUUAACAAUCUUGAAUAAACUAGGUUUAAAUGGGUAAUUGUAAUGUGGAUGUCAUCCUCUCUUUAAUAGUAUUCGUAUGCGAUGCGACCAUGUAAGUUAAUCAUUACAAUAGUGUAGACGAUUAUAAUACAAAAUAAUCCCGUUUUUUGUUUGACCAUGUCCUAUUUGAAAAACUGUUGAUUAGUUUCUCACGACGCAAACUAUCAUAUAAACGUUGAUGUCUAUUGUAUUCAUUAUUUAGUACAUAUGCUGCUAAAACAGCUGCUUAAAUUAGCAUUAAUAAGAAUUUCUGAGAAGAAAACGAGUACCUGUAACGUUUACAUUUUCAUACUCAAUAGAUUAUUAAUGGUUUUCUCAUAACACCGCAUCAACUAUUAUAUGAAUUUGUACAGCAUAAAUAAAAAAUAUAAUAAAAUAAA